AUGAACCGCAUCAAGAUGGCCAAGGAAAUCAUUGGCGAGGCACGGGCCGCCUUCAGCGACGGCAAGGACCCUGUCCGCGCCAUCGACCUCUUCAAGCAGGGAAUCACUCUGCUCAUCGAGGAGGCCCAGCACGAGGACCACCUUGCCACCAAGGAAGCCCUUCGGCACAAGUGCAGCGAUCUGGCCUCGGAACUCGAGCAGAUGAAGAAAAAGGUGACGACACCUGCCCCGCCUUCUAUCCCGCCUGCUGCCCCUGCCAAGAGCAAGUCACAAAUGCCCAAGAAGGCAGAAGAUAAUGAUGCCGAGCUGGAUUAGGAUGAGAAGGCUCUGCGGGCAGGCAUUGAAUCUGCGAUCGUCCGCGAAAAACCCAACGUGAGCUGGGACGAAGUGUCAGGAUUGGUCUCGGCCAAGGAGGCGCUAAAGGAGGCAGUGGUGCUGCCCAUGCUCUACCCUGAGAUUUUCGUUGGCCAGCGCAAACCUUGGAAAGGAAUCCUCCUAUACGGCUAGCUUCAUGACCAGCCCCCAGGUACCGGUAAAACCCUCUUGGCGAAGGCCUGCGCCAGCGAAAUGUCAGGCGGUACCUUCUUGAGCGUGUCGGCCUCGAGCCUAAUCAGCAAGUACGUGGGGGAGAGUGAAAAAUUGAUAAAGUACCUGUUCGAGCUGGCCCGCAAGGAAAAGCCCUCGGUCAUCUUCAUGGAUGAGAUCGACUCGCUGGCCAGCUCCAGGUCCGACGGGAGCAACGAUUCUUCCAGGCGGGUCAUCGCCGAGUUGUUGGUGCAAAUGCAGGGUGUGGGCUCAUCGCUGGACGGGGUGCUCGUGCUGGGAGCCACUAACCUGCCUUGGGAGCUGGACCCCGCUAUCCGCCGGCGCUUCCAGCGUAAAAUCUACAUCGAACUGCCCGACAAAGCAGGCCGGCAGCGUAUCUUCGAGACCAUGAUGGCUCGCAAUAGCCACUAACUGCAGCCCGAGGACUUUGAAUAGCUGGGAGAGUUGACCGAGGGCUGUUCGGGGUCGGACAUCAGCGUGUUCGUGAAGAGCAGCUGUUACGAACCGUUGCGGGAGGCACAGCGAGCCUCGCACUUCAAGAAAGACCAAGAUGGAGCCUGGACCGUGGCGAUGGCGGGAGACCCAGCCGCGAAGAAAGCGGGGCUGACUGAGCUGGACAGCGGAAAGGUGUCACUGCGGAGGGUCAGGAUGGAUGAUUUCAGGACCUGCCUUUCGAACAUGAAGGCCUCAGUGAACCCGGCUUCCCUGAAGAAGUACGCAGAGUUUACCGAGCAGUUCGGGGAACGAGAUUGA